AGUCAAUCUGCUUCCCAAGACCAAAGCGCCCCGCGAUUUUGCCGACUUUGCGAUCUCACUGAGCGCCGACACAAUACAUUGAACCACGACUCGAAAGACCCAAUCACGACCCUUCAGAGGCGUUGAGGUGACGGACGAUGAUACCAGGUCAAUAGCAAUUUUUACCUGGGAUCAUUCUGGCCUACAACCCGCUGUCUCGAAGAUAACCUCGCCGAAGAUGUUCAUCCUAACCAAGAUUGCCGACCUGGUCGAAAUCGCACCAGAGGACUUCCGCAAGAAGAGCAAAGCCGCCAUUGAGGACAACAUCAAUGCCAAAUACGCCAACAAGGUCAUACAGAAGAUUGGACUUUGUGUCUGCCUCUACGACCUUUUGUGGACCUCUGAAGGCCUCAUCGGCCAUGGCACUGGCCUUGUCAACGUGAAUGUGGAAUUCAGACUCAUCGUCUUUAGACCCUUCAAGGGCGAAGUCAUGAUUGGAAGAAUUAGAAGUUCGACGCCGGCCGGCAUCAACUUGAGAACCGACUUCUUUGAUGACAUCUUCAUCCCCUUUGAUGAGCUCCCCGAGGGUGCCGAGUUCAACCACUCAGAACAGCUAUGGAUCUGGAACAUUGAGGACGACAGACUCUUCUACGAUAAUCACGAAAUGGUCCGAUUCCAGGUCAUCGAUGAGGAGUGGCACGACCAGACGCCCGCAGGACCAAGCCAGGGCGAAGAGGCUGCUCCGCCAAAGCCGCCGUAUAAGGUGAAGGGUACAAUGGCCAUGGAGGGUCUCGGCGUGUGCCUUUGGUGGGACGGACAGGGCGGCGAAUAGCUAUCAAAUGGCCUUUGAGAUCUCACAAGCGUUCUUCAGACA